UGCAGCAGAAGCAGAGGAACGGAGGAGAAGAAGAAGGCUGGUGCUGCUGCCCUGGCUGCAAGAUCGUGCCAUCAGUACAUGCCCCUGCAUUGAAGCAAAAGCAACAACAAAUAAGCAAAAGCAACAACAAAUAAGCAAAAGGAACAAUUGCAAAAAUGGACAAUUCUGGCAAAGAGAAAGAAGCGAUGCAGCUGAUGGCUGAUGCUGAGAAGAAGGUGAAGUCGUCGCAUUCAUUUCUAGGAGGCUUGUUUGGAGGAAACGCAAGAGUUGAAGAAGCAUGCGAAAUGUUUGCGAGAGCUGCAAACAUGUUCAAGAUGGCCAAAAACUGGACUGCUGCGGGGAAUGCGUUUUGCCAAGCGGCCAAGCUGCACAUGCAGCUGCAAAGCAAACACGACGCCGCCACCAGUUUUGUGGAUGCGGGGAACGCGUACAAGAAAGCAGACCCACAAGAGGCUAUCAACUGCUUAAAUGCUGCUAUUGAUAUCUACACAGAUAUGGGGCGAUUUACAAUUGCAGCAAAACACCACAUUACAAUUGCGGAAAUUUAUGAAUCUGAGCUGGUGGACAUUGAAAAGGCCGUGGCACAUUAUGAACAAGCUGCAGAUUAUUACAAAGGAGAAGAAUCAAACAGUUCAGCGAACAAGUGUCUACUGAAAGUGGCUUCCUAUGCAGCACAACUAGAGCAGUAUCCGAAGGCAAUAGAAAUUUAUGAGCAGGUUGGGACCAACACUAUGGACAAUCCAUUGCUGAAAUAUAGUGCAAAGGAAUAUUUCUUCAAAGCAGCACUGUGCCAUUUUAUUGUUGAUGAGUUGAAUGCUAAGCUUGCUUUAGAGAAGUAUGAAGAAAUGUUUCCAGCAUUUUCAGACUCGCGGGAAUGCAAACUUCUAAAGAAAUUGCUUGAAGCCCACGAGGAACAGAACGGCGAAUCUUACACUGAAGCAGUGAAGGAAUUUGACUCCAUAUCACGACUGGACCAGUGGCUUACAACCAUGUUGCUGCGGAUCAAGAAAUCCAUCCAUGGAGAAGGAGAUCUGAAAUGAAAGAUUGGCCAAAAUCGUGCCAAAAUUGUGACCUGCUAUUAUGUGUACUGGGUUGUGACAAACUUGGUUAUCCCUGUUUCAAUGUUAAUAAUUGGGAUUUGUUUUCUUGUGUAAUCUGCCAGUUAUUGUAAGUUUAACAAUAUAUUGUUGUGUGGCCAUCCACUGAUUUAAUGCCCGACAUGGAGACUAGUCCUAGCCAUAGACAUCACAGCACUACAAAGGGCAUUGUAACACUCUAUCAUUUUGCUUGAAAAUUGUUCUGAAUGUCAGUGACGUAUAAACAGUUCCUUUUGUGUCCAUUGGGUGGUAAUUCAAUACUGCAGCAGAGGAUUGUGAAGAAACAUAUGCAAAAAGGGCGUGAAUUCAGUGUCGGAAAUUCAUGUAACCCCGAAUAAUUCUUGGUGAAAAUUCAACAACACACGCACUAAUUUAAAAAAAUAAUUAAAAUUUUACAUUUAAUAUAUUUUUUAAAUCCUUUGAGCAUAGUGUUUGGAAUGCAAACUUUAAUUCUCUUUCUUUCUGUGUUAACUGAGAAGGUAUUAUAGGUGUUCGUUUCAAUACGUUUGCUGUUUUUUUCAUAAUUUGUCAUUGUCCUUUGCAGUUCAUUGUAAAGAUCUAUUCGAAAAGGUCGAUGUGAUUAUGUUUGUUUAUAUUUUAAAAAGCAUUUAGUUAGUCAUUCCAUUAAGGUUUGUGACCUGGUGGUGUGUCUCCCUAACAUUUAGAUUGGUUUAAGAAUCUGUUAAAACACUUUUUUAACCUAUCCACGGUUCACUUGAAGAUGAUGUGUUGCUGAUUUUUAAGCUUUUUAAAUGUCAUUCUUUUUGGCAAUUAUUUAUUUCUUAUCCUGGAGAUUCACAGACACGAAGGAAAAGACUUGUUAUGAACUCGUUAUGUAAUAUAGUGGCAGUCACCAGCUAUUUCUGUUUACAAUGCAUAAUUGAUAAGAUGGAACCCUUUUCCAAUUUACAGUGUGAAAGGGUUGCAACUCUAUGAAUGUGCUAAGUAUUUUAUAUAGAAGAUUGUUUUUGUAAAUCCAGAAUUCAAUAUUUUGUGAAAGGUCAAUGUUAAUUUCCCAUGUGUGGGUGUGUGUCUUGCAUAGGUGUGUGCGUGUAUGUAUGUAUCAAAAUUUAUAACGGCCUAACUGUGUAUCAGUCCAGGCAGAUAUUGAACUGCAAGCUGUUAUUAUUGGAGACAUACUUGUCCACAGGUAAACAAUAAUUCAAUUGGCUAUGCUAGUGCUUAAGACUUGGGAAAGUCAAUGUAAUGAUGUCGGUCGAGUCUACAAAAUAGAGCAAAAUGAAGGCAUUGAUGAGAUAUUUCCUCGUAUCCGAAUUAAAUUAACAAGUUCUAGACUGUGGACAAGUCGAGUUAAUGAGCUGAACGAGGGUUCAGGGUGCAGAAGAUGGUACAAGUUCAUGAAGGUGUCUGGUUCCAGAUUAUAUACUUCACAAAAUAAAUACAUUCCAUCCCACGUUCAAUCUUUAAAAGCCAGACACUUUAUAUAUUAGACUGUGUUGUGUCUUACUGUGUUUAAUAUCGUGUCCCAAGGUAUAAAUACGGGUCAGAGAGUUUCAUUAGCAUUCUAAAGCUCAGUAUUGCAAUGGACUAGCUGUUUUCUAUGGACGUAGCAUUUUCAUUUUAAAUACGCGAGAGGCUGCAUUUGAUGUGACGAAGGGUGUUUUAUUUUCCGUGGAUGUGAAACAAACUUUAGACCUGCUUGCUACAGGCUUCAAAGUGGAAGUGUCGGAGUCCCCCUGCAUGAAUAGAUGUUUGCUUUUACUUUCCAAAUGUAAAGCUGGCAAAUGAACACAAUAAAGCUGUUGCUAUUCAAUUUUGGUUUUGAAAAUUUCUGUAUUUUCUAUUCUUUCAGAUGAAAAUUGCAGCCUAGUCCAGAUAUUAAUGCUAGCUGGGACUGAUUUGCUCUCUGUUAUUUGUGCUUCUCUAAGUGUAUUCAGCUGUUCCGUUUUGUGAUCUGUUUUUAUGUUUUGCACUGAUAAUGCGUUGAAAGCUGAUUUUCCUUUUGUGAUGAAAAUAGCUGUUUAACCGAAGAAUAAAAAGAAAAACAAAUUCGUUAUUUUUUGACUCUUGCGUAGAGGAAUAGAAUUUAGAAAAUAUAACAUUUUGCUCUAAACACAGAAAUCAAAGUGAAAGCUAUGGGUGCUGUUUUUUGUAAAUCUAUUGAUAAUCUGAAAUAUCCACUUGGACUGUUGCAAAACUAUAGUUUACCAAGCGGGGAAAUUCUCACAUAAAACACAUCUUCAAACAUUUAUGAAAUAAUGUCAAACGCCUGUUAUAAAAUCAUUAAUGAUAAAUUUGAUUCACAAGUACUACUACAGACUUUCUCUAAUGCUCAGUUAGUUAUUCAUGCCAGAACUUUUGUAUUCGAACGAUAGUUAUUAAGAAAAGUACUUUUGUUUUGGGAAUGAAAUGAGGGAAAAACUUGUUUUCUAUCCAGUUUCACAAGUGGCAAUGUUAAAUAAUCAAGUGAGUUGUAGCCUAGCCCAUUGCAAAUGUACACACAAACACACCCAUGAAGAUGUAUUUAAACAUCUCCCUUUGCAUUCCUGAGAUUUAUCUGUGUAGUUUGUGUCAGAGUCAUAGUGUGCAAACAGGCUCUUCGACCCAAUUUACCCACGCCAACCAACACGCCCCAUCCACACGAGUCCCGCUUGCCUCGUGUUUGGGCCAUAUCUAAACAUAUCCUAUCCAUGUAUCAUAAAUUCACAAAUAAUGGGAGCAGAAUUAGGCCAUUCGACCCAUCAAGUCUACUCCGCCAUUCAAUCAUGGCUGAUCUAUCUUUCCCUCUUAUUCCCAUUCUCCUGCCUACUCCCCAUUACCUCUGACACCCAUACUAAUCAAACAAGAAAUAGAUGGGAAUAUUCUCUCUUGCCCUGCCCAAUCCUAAAAUAAAAGUAUUUGCAUAUUUCAGGAACCCACGUACAAUUUUGUCUCAUUACAUAAAUGCCCCCAUGUACGAAGUUGCCUUGCGAUGCUGAUGACAACCUUCCUAUCCACAAUCUGGUGCUGUGAUCAGCAAAUCCUAAAGAAAAGAAAAGCUCAAAGCACUUACCCGAAAGCCAUCUCAAUCACCUGCAAAAAUCAAAAUCUGUCCUAAAUAAAAAAGUAUGUGUUGAAGACUUGGAGAUGUGCAACUUUAAUUAUUCCAUCUAGAAACUAUAGGGAAGGAAUGACAUUCUGAGAUGGAAAUGAAUUAAUGGGAAGAAAUGUAGUUCACUUCAUAUACUAGGGGCUGGCUCUAGUGUAAUGAUAAGGUGACUUUAUGUACUCUAACCUUCUCUUUCCGCACCCCAUUUUAAAUUAAAAAUUGUACCUUUUUGUCGGGUGUCCAGGGACUAUAUUGUCAAUUGACUAGGUAUUUUAUCCAACAUUAUUAUCUCUAAUGGUGUUAAGCUUUUGCCAUUAAGUUGUGUGGAUUGUAUGCCUGUUCCAAUGUGUUGUAAUCUGAAGUGUUGUCCCAGUGUAACUACUUGUAUGCAGCAUGUUCUGAGGUCAUAUGAGCAAUGUUAUCAACUUUAUGUAUUAGAAAUUGUUUUGAGGAUCUAGUGCAUCAGGACUAUCUGGUCUUUGUGGUGUUUUGUCUCAUCUGCAAAACUGGUGCUUCUGAGAAGAAGCAGCAAUUAAUUGGUCUGUUCCUGAAACGAGCUAAAUUUCUCAAUGAAAAAUAAAAUAUUCAAAGUAUUAUCAAA